AUGGAGACUUUUUCUCUGUUAUUGCUGGACCUGGGCCUGGUUCUUGCAGGAACCUCAGGAAGCACAAUGGAGACAAUUAAAGAAGAGUUUUCAGAGGAAGAUAUAGAAUAUGACAUAGCAAAAGCUUGCCAAGAAAAACAGACCAUUGAGGUAUUCAUGAACUCGACCCUGUUAGAUAAGAAUACCAGCCUCAGCAUGUCCAAGGAUGUCAUGUCUUCCUCAUUAUUGACAUUCAGAAGGUUACAUUAUAACUUUCCCAAGGAAAACAGUCUGGGUAAUGGCAAACAGUAUUGUAAUGCUAUGGUGGUCUGGAGAAUUGUGUCAGAAGCUAAUGGGUCAUGCAAAUUGAGAAAUAACUUCACCCAUGGCUCCACAGAAAUGAUCCAUGGAAUCCACAAGGUCCCCAGUUGUGACUAUGAACCAAAUUUUGAUAUGGUUCAAGGCAAUAUGGUGGAACCAAAGUGCUAUAAAAGCCCAGAACUGGAGACCACUAUGUGCCAGCUCACUACAGGAAAACAACUCUCCAGAUGCCAAUACCACAGUGUUACCUCAUUAAAGAAAAUGUUGAUAGUGCUGACAGGCCAUUCUCUAAUGAGCUGGUUAGUUAGUGUCUCUAAAUUGUAAAUCCCACAGGGCUGUGAGACUAGGGUCUUUCUAAACAAAGGAAUAUUCAUUUUUCUUUCUUUCUAUUAUUCCCAUCUACCCUCUUUUUUACCCUCUAGCACCGUAGUAGACUCUUGAUUAUCUAUUCUAAUUGGAGUAAAAAAUCCAAAACCGUGGAUAAUUCUAUUCAAAUUGGUAGCUGCUCCUGAAGUUUAGAUUUUCAUUCACUUUCUCUUUCUCAUUGACACACACACAUAUACACACUUUUUC